AUGUCACAAGCCGCCAUGGGACAAAUCAAGAAUCUUUUACAAAAUCCAUUUGAAAAAGUCCGCGAACAUUGUUUCGCGGUGUAUGAUUCUGCAUGCCUCGACAUAUUCGUAAAGACGGGAAUUCUGGAUUUCCUCGCUGAAUUGCCGGAUCGUCGUCUCGGAGCCGACCUGCAGCAGCUGCACGAGGCGCUGGACCUGGAUUCCGUCAAACUCGCGGUUAUUCUCCGAUACCUUUCCACACAAGGAUGGCUCAAUGAGCGUGAAGAAGGCAUUUUUUGUCUCACAAGGUCGUCACUGGAGCUGUGCAGAGGUCGUGGUGGAAGGGCUCUGGUAAUGACACCUGGACGCGCGGAUAUUGCAAGCAAAACACUGCAAAUGAUAACACACCCUGAGUGGAGAUAUUCUACUGCGGCGAAUCACACUGCCUUCCAGCUGGCGAACGACACCAGCCUACCCUUUUUUUCAUACCUGGAGCAGAAGCCAGAGCUUCUGGACCUUUGGGGCGCAUCUAUCAAGAUAAGGAGAGGUGACAGUAUUGUCUAUCUACUGCGCCACAUUCUGCACAACUGGUCCGACGACAGCAGUAUCACCAUUCUCAAACUCCUCGCGGAAGCCGCAGGGUCGGAUACGAAGGUCCUUAUCAUCGACAUGGUCAUUUACCCUUGUAUAAUUCGGGAAGCUGAGGGGAACACACGGGGACCCAUUGUGGACUUGGACGAGCUUCGUCAUGCUGGCGCCGUAUCAGGGGUCCUUGUACCCGAAGUAUUCCUAGAACGGACCAGGAAGAUUUCCACUUUGGGCAUGAACGCUCGCUUGCUCGCGCACAAAUCCCGGCGGACCCUGCUCAAGAGCUUCAGGCCCUCUGCUAUGACACUCCCCAGCGUGCUGCGUUGUACACCAUCGUCCAUCACUUUCUCCGGGGACGGCGACCCUGUCGUCUCAUCUCCCGAGACCACUAGUGCACUGGAAGCUGCUUCUCGUGUGCUGCACGAUCGCCGGCCAGUAGUCUUCCCGACGGAGACUGUCUAUGGUCUCGGUGCGCUAGCUUUGAACUCCCGUGCGGUCUCGCAGAUUUUUAGUACGAAGGGACGGCCCCCCGAUAAUCCCCUCAUCGUGCAUGUGUCGUCUCGGGCAAUGCUCAGCAGUGUCCUUCCCAAAGGAUACCAAAUAUCGAGACUUAAUGAACUGCUCAUCGGACGAUUCUGGCCGGGGCCUUUGACUCUGCUAUUUCCCUGUGAUCCAACCAUUGUACCAUCUAUCGUCACGGCUGGCCAACCAACAGUAGCGAUUCGGAUGCCUUCACAUGUUGUAGCUCGGGCUCUGAUCGCUGGAACGGGCGCGCCCUUAGCUGCACCCAGCGCUAACUCUUCGGGAAAACCGAGUCCCACACGAGCAGAACAUGUUCUGCAGGACCUGGGCGAGAAGGUUGAUCUGAUACUUGACGGAGGGCCUUGCGAUGUUGGUGUAGAAAGUACAGUGGUGGAUGCAUUGCAUGAAGACGGUAAUGUCCGUAUCCUACGUCCAGGAGGGGUGACUGUGGAAGAUAUCGAGGCCUUGGUAUCCAAGAUGUAUCCUCACAACGAGAAUAAACCUCAAGUUUUAGUACACCGACGAGAUUACCAGGAUGAAGCAAUUGAGCACGCUCCGACUACUCCGGGUAUGAAGUAUCGACACUACUCUCCCUCAGUCCCGGUCACGCUCUUGUAUACCACCACCGAUCCCCCGCCAGAUCAACAGUCUAUCGCCGCCUCUGAUUUCCUCUCCUCUCUCCUCGACUCCUCGCGACCAAUCGUCAUCCCGCGCGUAGGCCUUUUGGCCUCCGAUGAAUCACCUCUGGUUCGGAUCGCAGAGUCUUCAUAUGGAAUACAGUGGGUUUAUCGAUCUUUGGGACCCGCCGAUAAUCCAGCUAUCGCCGCUCAGCGUUUGUUUGACGGGCUGCUUUCCCUUGAGAAAGAUGGCGUGACUCAAAUACUAGUAGAAGAAGUCAAGGAAGUUAAGGAAGGGCUGGCUUUCAUGAAUCGGAUUCGGAAGGCUGCGGGAGCAUCCGUAUGGAUACGAAUUGUGUAGUCGUGCAAUUCUUUACGUUCCUCAAGCUCGC